UGCAAAUUUUAUUCAUCACGUUCCUUCUAUUUUCUACAUAUUAUCCUCGUUGAAAGUCAGAUAUUCCGUGAAAUGUGAGAAAUUGUACGGUAGAAAGAAUUUAAAGGUAGCUUUUGGAUAAGCAAGAUUAAAUUGAGUGAAAUUGGAAAAAUUGAUAAAUAUGACUGUGGAAACGGACCUAUCAGCGUUUCGCAAGUGCGACCCGUGAUUCCUUGCGCGUUGGAGUUCAGAUCAAGGUUUUCUGAUCGGUCGUCGUAGUUUGAGGAGCCAUGUCAGCCGCAACAACACAUAAAUACCGUUACAAAAAUGUGGGCUUGGACUCACAGGAGUUAAGACGGCGUAGAGAAGAGGAAGGUGUUCAGUUAAGGAAACAGAAAAGGGAGCAGCAAUUAUCAAAGAGACGCAAUGUUCCUAAUAUGGUUGCUGAUGAUGACACUGUUGGAACAGAUGAAUCUGCGUUUCCUGCACCACAAUCGAAAAUUCCUCCCAUAAUAGUUGAAAUGGUGGACGAAUUAUAUAGUCCUAACCCAGAAGAUCAAUUGGCAGCUACACAGAAGUUUAGGAAAAUGUUGUCUAGGGAACCAAAUCCACCAAUAGAGGAAGUUGUAGAGACAGGGAUUGUACCUAAAUUCGUUGAAUUUUUACAGGAUAAUUCAAACUGCACUCUGCAGUUUGAAGCUGCUUGGGCUUUAACAAAUAUUGCGAGUGGAACAUCUGAACAAACGCAUGUAGUGAUAAAGGCGGGAGCUAUACCCAUCUUUAUAUCAUUACUUAGUUCCGAAUAUGAAGAUGUUCAGGAACAAGCAGUUUGGGCAUUGGGCAAUAUUGCAGGAGAUAGUCCUGCAUGUAGAGAUCACGUGUUAGAAAAUGGAAUUCUGCCUCCUCUCUUGCAAAUUCUUUCUAAAGCAACGCGCUUGUCGAUGACACGCAACGCGGUAUGGGCAUUAUCGAACCUUUGUCGAGGAAAAUCUCCAACACCGGAUUUCGCAAAAGUCGCACCUUGUUUACCAGUUUUAGCUCAUCUUCUUAACCAUAACGAUAGCGACGUUCUUGCCGAUGCUUGUUGGGCUCUUUCCUACUUAAGCGAUGGACCGAACGAAAAAAUUCAGUCGGUCAUCGAUGCAGGUGUAUGUAGGCGUCUGGUAGAAUUACUCAUGCAUCAGCAGCACAAUGUUAUCAGUGCUGCUCUUCGAGCAGUGGGUAAUAUAGUUACAGGUGACGAUGUACAAACGCAAAUCGUUUUGAACUGUUCUGCGCUACAAUGUUUGUAUCAUUUAUUAAAUGCACCGCGAGAAACAAUUCGCAAAGAAGCUUGCUGGACAAUCUCUAACAUCACAGCAGGAAAUCCUCAGCAAAUUCAAGCUGUCAUUGAUGCCGGCAUAUUCCCCGUCUUAAUUGAUAUUUUGGCAAAAGCCGAAUUCAAGACCCGGAAAGAAGCGGCAUGGGCGAUCACUAACGCUACGAGCGGUGGUUCACCUGAACAAAUACGUUAUCUUGUUACAGAAAGAUGCAUUCCACCGUUAUGCGAUUUAUUAACAGUAAUGGAUCCUAAAAUUGUUCAAGUAGCAUUGAAUGGUUUAGAAAAUAUUUUGCGUCUAGGAGAACAAGACGCUGCCGCGAAUAAUGGAAUCAAUCACUAUGCGGUAUUAAUCGAAGAAUGUUUCGGCCUAAACAAAAUAGAGUUUUUGCAAUCUCACCAAAAUAUAGAAAUCUAUCAGAAGGCCUUCGAUAUAAUCGAACGAUACUUCGGUUCCGAAGAAGAGGAUACGCGAGUCGUACCCACCAUUGAUGCGCAAGGACAACAAUUUCAAUUCAGAGCGCCCGAUUCAUCCCAGCUACCAGUCCAAGGCUUUGACUUUUAAUCGAUUAGUUCUAAUCGAACCUACGAAUGUAUCACCUGGUUCAAUCUUGUUUCGUUCGUUACGUUUUCAACUAUUCCUCGUGAAAGAGACAAUCUCAGAAAUGAAA